AUGACCAAUAUUGAAUUAGUUAACGCUCCUUUAUCCCAGCCCUUUGAUGUAAAAAUUUCGUACAAUCACGAGUACAUAAUUUGCACUGAUUGCGGAGAUCCCGGCAGAAUACUAUUUUUCGACCUGAACUCUAAGCAAUUCCAGUUUUCAAUACCCACCCCAUCUUAUGGUCCCAUGUUUUUAUGUAUUGAAGAAGGCUAUAGAAACGCAUUUUCAGAUGCUUUGUUCUUUGACUGCAAAGGAGAUAAAAGUCUCCACAAGUAUGAUUUACAAAGUUUUGUGUUCAAUAAGCAACGUGAUCAAGAGUAUAGCGACUGUGAUGAAGAGUCACCACUCCAAGGGAAAAUUUGGACUUCUGUUUGUGUUCAAGGAGCUACUGGAAUAUCAAUAAUGCAAUCUCAAUCAAAACUGUUCGUCGGAUGCUUCGAUAGAACAGUCAAGAUAUUGGACUCAAACACUGGAACAUUGAUUGAUGUGGUAGCGUUGAUGAAUACAUUACCGUUAGGGAUUAAUUUUUUUGAAAUGGGCAAAAAUCAUUAUCUAAUCGUUGGAGGAUGGAAGAAAAUUGAAUUUUUUGUUAAACAAGUUGAUGUGUGCCAGGAAACAUGGAGUUGCUUGCAAAAUAAUGCUGGCCUGAUCCAUUCAUCUGGUUCUAAUACAUACGGCACCGUAUUUGAUCCUAUUUCUCGCUGCCUAAUUGUUCCAACACAAGACACAGUCCUUUGUUAUCGUCUAUUUGAAAGUACACAUCUGGAGUGGACAUUGAUUAACAAGGUUGAUGUUCACAAUUUUGCACGUCCUCAAGGCUUAUGUUUAAACGAUCGUAGUGGAGAAUUAUUGGUAUGUGAACGAGGUGCUAACAGAAUACGGAUUUAUCAGUAA